UUCACCACGUGCUCCCCAUACUGGGUUUGUUGCAGGAAGUGAAGAUGGCGGCGUUAGCUACUGCGUCCUCGUUUUAUUCCGAGAGUAUCCUCGGGUGGUCAGUUUUCGGAAUUGUGCUACUGGUAAUUUUAGCAUUUUGUUGGAUUUAUAUCCGCAAGUAUCAGAGUCGUCAAGAAAGUGAAGUGGUUUCCACUAUUACAGCCAUAUGUGCAUUGGCUAUUGCCUUGAUAACUUCCGCUCUUCUUCCAGUGGAUAUUUUUUUAGUGUCCUACAUGAAAAAUCCAAAUGGAACUUAUAAGGAAUGGGCAUCUAAUAAUAUGACGAGACUGGCAGUUGAAGACUCAGUGCUACAUGCAUAUUACAGUUUAUACUCCAUUAUCCUAUUUUGUGUCUUCCUUUGGAUACCUUUUGUUUACUUCUAUUAUGAAGAAAAGGAUGAUGAUAAUCUCAAUAAGUGCUCGCAAGUUAAAAAUGCACUCAAGUACACUUUUGGUUUUAUUGUGGUGUGUGCUGCGCUUCUUUUAGUAGGAGCAUUUGUACCCUUGGCAGCACCAACUAAUCAGAACACAACAGAGUGGGAGAAAAUUAAACACUUGUUUGAAGAGUUUGGCACUAGUCGUGGAUUAUCUGCCUUGUCAUUUUCCAUUAGUUCCUUGACCUUGAUUGGAAUGCUGUCGGUGAUCACCUAUACUGCCUAUGGCAUGUCAGUUUUGCCCCUCAAUCUCAUUAAGGGCACAAGAAAUCUAGCAUAUGAGCGACUUGAGAACACAGAAGACCUUGAAGAUGUUGAGAAUCAGAUUGAAAAGAUUAAAUCAAAGUGUGCAGAUGGAAGGCCGUUGUCCACAAGGGAUAGGAGGUCACUGCACAAGUUAGAAGGAAAAUUGCAAGUGCUUAAAAGAAGAGACCGACACCUUCAAAGUGCAGAAAAGAAUGUUUGUUUAAAACUCUGCAGUAUUUUACGUCCUUUAAAGAUUUUGUUUGGAAUAUGUUUUAUCCUGGUGGCAUUCCUGUUUACCAUAGCACUAUUUAUUUCAAACCUUGAUAAAGCUCUUCAUUCUGCUGGGCUUAACUCUGGAUUUAUCAUCUUUGGGACUAAUAUAACCAAUCCACUAAAUGAAAUACUACUCCAUUUGCAGCCCGUUUUCCCUUUGGAUUACAUCUUGAUUGCAGUCAUUACUAUGUAUUUUGUCUUCACGUCUAUGGCAGGAAUACAGAAUAUGGGCAUAUGGUUCUUCUGGAUAAGGCUGUAUAAGAUCCGACCAGGGAAAACUCGACCACAAGCACUCCUCUUUUUAUGCAUGAUUCUCUUGUUGAUUGUUCUUCACACUAGCUACAUGAUAUAUAGCCUUGCUCCGCAGUAUGUCAUGUAUGGCAGUCAGAAUUACAUUUUACAGAAUAAAUUGCCAUCACCUAGUGAAAAUUCAACAUUAAGUGUGACAAGGUUUUGUGAUGCGGAUGCUCCUGCAGAUCAGUGUACUGUAACUAGGACAUAUCUUUUCCUUCACAAGUUUUGGUUCUUUGGUACAAUUUACUACUUUGGCAACUGGGCUUUUAUUGCUGUAUUCCUUAUUGGAUUAGUGGUGUCCUGCUGUAAGGGUAAGAAAUCGGUGAUUGAUGGAGAAGUGGAGCCUGAUGACUCGGAUAUUAGUGAUGAUGAAUUUUUGCCAUCUUAAAAUUCACAUUUUUGUGUUGAAAUAUAAGUAAUGCUGUUUAUUUUAGAUUCACAUUUAAAUUAUUUAAUUUCCAUACUUUGUAUCUUUGCUUUCUUAUUUCUCAGUUGUUAAAAAUAUUUAUUUGCCUGUUCAUGUUUCUUUUAAUUUAAAUAACUUCUAGUGUGCAGUUUAUAUUCUCAAAAGAAUGUCUGGAGACUUUGCUCUGUGAAAGACUUCUAUUUUUCUGAAAAGAAAGAUAGAUUUUUCCUUACAUUUCUGCUCAUAUUUUACACAUUUAACCAUUAGUAGCUAGUGUGGAUUUCCUAAUCUCAUGCCAGUUAAGUCUGAGUGAUCUGUUAAUAUUUCAGUAGGGAAGGAAGAAUGAAUAAUGUAUAAUUUUUUUUAAAAGGAAUAAUUUUGAAAUCGCAAUGUAAAAUUACUCUUAUGUAUAUAAAAACUGAGAUACUUUUACAUAGACAUGCAAAAGUGUGAAAGUAUGUAUAUUCAAAAUAAACAAGUUUGCAUUUUUCUUUUUUUAUAUUUCAGUAUUAAAAGAUUAAAACUUUUCCAAAUUUUCAUUGUGAAUUUGCAGUUUGUCUAUAUCUGAAUAUGAUAUUGACCCAUACAAGAAGCAAGAGCUAGCGUUUGCAUUGGGGUAUACAGUAUAUUUGUAAAAUUAAUGAACCACUAGAACAAAGAAAAUGUUUUCAGCAGAAUAAAAUUCAGGUGUUAAUGAUUAGUUACAACUCUUGUUUUUCAGAUGUAACAAAUGUGAAAUAAGUGAUACACUGAUGGUUAAUGAAGGCAUAAAAUUAUUAAUGAGACUGUAAAUACUGUUAACCUAGCAAACUGAAAUAGUGAAAUGCAGGGUUUUGAAAAAAAAAAAAGAGCUUCCCUUUAACAAUUUACAGGACAUACAAGGUGCUUCAGUCAUAAACCGCUGCAUGUAGCUAAUCUGUUUGCUGCACACUUUCACAAUGCUUCUUUUCAUAAAAGUAUACAUUUUUUAAGAAGUACUCUUACCAGUCAUUAAAGAAAUAUUCUGCAAACAGCUUUCACUACAGAUUCAUUAUAAUUAGGCUGGCUUAAUUUUCAAAUGUGAAAGAUUCUGUGCUGAACUCUUGGCUGGCCUCAUGUCCUUGGCAGUGUUUUUUUUUAAAUCAAUGAUAGAAUUUCUUUGACUGUUUUGCAUUUUUCUUAAGAAAUGUACUUUUUGCUCAAAACUAUUUCAUGUAAAUGGAAUAAAUUACCUUGUUGA